AUGCACUUAUUUUGCUUUUCCAAUGCAGAUUAUGAAAUUAAGACACUGAAGAAUGAAAGCAGAGUUAUAGAAUUUGUUAUAUUGGGAUUUCCUGGUUCUCCAACAAUACAGUACUUUUUCUUCUUAUUACUGUUUAUUAUAUAUCUAGUAACAAUUCUCAGCAAUUUUGCAAUCAUAGCCAUUAUAUGGGUAGAGAAAAUUCUUCAUACCCCAAUGUACUUUUAUCUUCGCAAUUUGUCUUUAUUGGAAGUCUGCUAUGUUACUGUUACUGUUCCCAAGGUAUUGGCUACCAUUACUCAACACGGAAGAAGUAUUUUAUUCUCCUCCUGUAUUAUGCAACUUUUCUUCUUUUUCUUAUUUGGAUCUAUUGAAUGUAUUUUGUUGGGUAUUAUGGCAUUUGACCGUUACUUGGCCAUAUGCUAUCCACUUCGUUAUUCUCUUCUCAUGAGCAGUUAUGUGUGUCGAAAUCUAAGCAUAUGUUCUUGUUUUUUUGGCUUUGUCAUGACCUUUCCUCCAGCCAUGUCAAUCUCCCAGUUGUCAUUUUGUGAAAGUAAUAUAAUUAAUCAUUUCUUUUGUGAUGCGCCACCUCUCUUAAAACUUACAUGUGGCAACACUAUCUCUAGUGACCUUCUUGGUUUCAUCUGCUCAUCUAUAACAAUUUUAACAUCAUGCUUUUUUAUCUUAAUGUCCUAUUUUUAUAUUAUUAAAACGGUCUUAAAAAUUCCUACUGCUAGAGGUCGGAAAAAGGUAUUUUCAACAUCCAGCUCACACUUAAUUGUAAUUGCUGUUUACUAUAGCAGUGUUAUGUUUAUGUAUGUGAGACCAAAACUCAACUAUACUGUUGCACUUAAUAGAGUGGUGGCAGUUUUUUACACAAUGAUAACACCUAUUCUGAACCCCAUGGUAUACUGCCUGAGAAACAAAGUUGUUCAAGAAGCAUUUUUAAAACAAUUGUCUUUGCUUAUCAAUUAG